AUGGCGCUGCCAGGCCCGCUCCGGCCGCCGCGCAAAGUUCGCAGGAGGCGAGAGCUGCUGCUGCAGCAGAUCGGCUUCGUGUGCGCCGUGCUGGCGCUGGCGUGCUGCGCGCCCGGCCUCUUCGGCAGCCCGGGGCAUAAGACAGCUUCUGCAAGCAAGCAGGCUCUGCCCGCCUCGUGGAGAAACAGAAAGCUGAUGGCACCGCUGAAUGGGACUCAGGCAGCUAAGAACUGCACAGAUCCUGCCAUUCACGAGUUCCCCACAGACCUGUUCUCCAACACGGAGCGACAGCACGGAGCCGUCCUGCUGCACAUCCUCGGUGCUCUGUACAUGUUCUAUGCGCUGGCCAUCGUGUGCGACGACUUCUUCGUUCCGUCCCUGGAAAAGAUCUGCGAGAAACUCCAUCUGAGUGAAGAUGUGGCUGGAGCCACCUUCAUGGCUGCCGGAAGCUCAACGCCGGAGCUGUUUGCGUCUAUUAUCGGCGUGUUCAUCACCCACGGAGACGUCGGGGUCGGGACCAUCGUGGGCUCCGCCGUGUUCAAUAUCCUAUGUAUCAUCGGCGUGUGCGGCUUAUUCGCGGGGCAGGUGGUCCAGCUGACGUGGUGGGCCGUGUGCCGGGACUCCGUGUACUACACCCUCUCCGUCAUCGUGCUCAUCGCCUUCAUAUAUGAUGAAGAAAUUGUGUGGUGGGAAGGCCUGGUGCUCAUCAUGUUGUACGUGUUUUACAUUCUGAUCAUGAAGUACAAUGUGAAGAUACAGGCCUUCUUCACGGUCAAACAAAAGACCAUUGCAAACGGCAACACGGUCAGCAGCGAGCUGGAGGAUGGUAAUGAUUACUGUGGUAGUAGCUCUGAUGACCCUUCCCUGCCAUUGCUGGGGUCAGUGAAGGAGGAGCCGCGGUACAGCAAAAGCCCGGUGGUGAUGGUGGACGAGGUCCUGAGCUCCAGCCCGCCCAAGUUCAGCUUCCCCGAGGCGGGCCUGCGCGUCAUGAUCACCAACAAGUUUGGGCCCCGGACCCGGCUGCGGAUGGCCAGCAGGAUCAUCAUCAACGAGAGGCAGAGACUGAUCAACUCGGCCAACGGGGUGAGCAGAAAGCCCCUUCAGAACGGGAGGCAAGAAAGCAUCAAGAACGGGAAUGUUCCCACGGAGAACCCAGAGGACCCCCCGAGGGAGCAGCAGCCCCCGCCCCCGCCGCCGCCCCCAGAGGCAGAGCCCGUGGAGGCCGUGUUCCUGACCCCGUUCUCCGUGCCCGAGGCAAGCGGGGACAAAGCCAAGUGGGUGUUCACCUGGCCGCUCAUCUUCCUCCUGUGCGUUACCAUCCCCAACUGCAGCAAGCCGCGCUGGGAGAAGUUCUUCAUGGUCACCUUCCUCACCGCCACGCUGUGGAUCGCCGUCUUCUCCUACCUAAUGGUGUGGCUGGUGACUAUUAUCGGGUACACGUUUGGGAUCCCCGACGUCAUCAUGGGCAUCACUUUCCUGGCGGCGGGCACCAGCGUUCCAGACUGCAUGGCCAGCUUGAUCGUGGCGAGACAAGGCCUGGGCGACAUGGCGGUCUCCAACACCAUCGGGAGCAACGUGUUCGACAUCCUCGUGGGCCUGGGCAUCCCGUGGGGGCUGCAGACCAUGGUGAUCAAUUACGGAUCCACAGUGAAGAUCAACAGCCGGGGCCUGGUCUACUCCGUGGUGUUGCUGCUGGGCUCCGUGGCGCUCACCGUCCUGGGCAUCCAUCUCAACAAAUGGAGGCUGGACUGGAAGCUGGGCGUCUACGUGCUGGUCCUCUACGCCAUCUUCCUGUGCUUCUCCAUCAUGAUCGAGUUCAACGUCUUCACCUUCGUCAACCUGCCCAUGUGCCGAGAAGACGACUAA